AUGAGUGAUACCGAAAUAGAGUCAUUGAAUCCUUAUUAUAAAGACAUUGUUGCAUAUCUGCACACACAAUAAAUUCUCAUAUAUUAACAACAAGAUCUGUUGGAUGAGUUUAAAAUACUGUCCCAAUUUUAAUUUAGGCUGAAACUCAAAAUCUCAACAUUAUACUUAGCCAAAUCAAUUUACUUAAGGACCAAUAUAUUGACUUAGGAUUACUUAUUGACAAGUCUGUGGAUUGCAACCAAAUUCGAUCAAUAAGAUAGAUGCAAAUGGCAGAUGUCCACAGAAAUAGAAACACACAUUUUACAAAAGUUAAAUUUUGAAAUAACUAAACCAACUGUCAUGGAUUUCAUUGAACAAUUAAUUUAUUACAUCAAGAAAACAAAAAGAAUAUCAGCUGAAUAGGUUCGAUUGAUCUAUGCUUUAUCCUUAAUGGCACUACCUUGGACAUUGAAUUAUGAGCCUUCUCAAAUUGCUUUUGCUAUUAUUAUCAUAUCAUUCACACUCAAAAACAUCAAAAAUCAUGAUUUCCACUCUGAUUGUUAUGAAGAUUUUCGCUAGCAGCUACUCACUAAAUAUGAUUAGAAUAUAAUCAUUUCUUAAAAAUAUCCCUCCAGCUAUCUCUUAAUUAAAAAGAAUUUACACAGACUCUAUAAUUGA